AUGUCUAAAUUUCUCGAAAAAAUAUUCAACAAGCGACUAAUGAAUUAUUUAGAAAAGAAUGAGCUUUUGGAUAAAAACCAAUUCGAUUUUCAUGCUAACAGGUCCACAGAUGACGCUGUACUUCAACUUACUUCAAAUAUUACACGUUAUCUUGAUAAAAAUGAAAAAGUAAUAGGAGUAUUCCUGGACCUUCAGAAGGCAUUCGAUACCGUAUCUGUUCCAAUAUUAUUAACACGUUUGGAAAAUAUGGGAAUCAGGGGAAAUGCACUUAUGUGGUUCCAAGACUACCUUUCGGAUAGGAAGCAACGUUUUAGGGUUGAUGGCUUAUUAAGUAAUGAAUUCAGCUCCAUUUACGGUGUGCCACAAUGCAGUACACUUAUGUAA